AUGAAGAUUCACCUCACCAUUCACCAUGCUCUCAUUGGAGUACUUGCCAACCAGCUUCACUCCAGAGUGUGCCGUACACUGUGGAAGACACAUCGACGCCUCUGGCUGCAAACGGAGUGUUUUCACAGUCUACCCUGGGAUCAAGCUUAUAGCCCUAACCCGGCCUUCAACUCUCCCAGUCUAUCCGAAAGCAAGGGGCAACAUAGACGUACCUGCCAAUUCUUCGGAUCAUUCCCCAGCCGACCAACAAGUAGGUCGCUCCCUCCUGUGACUGGAAUCAGUCUUGCAUUCUACACGGCGGACAAGGUCUGCCGAAGAAGUCUGGUUAUCUACGGCCGCGCUCUGAUGGCAGCGAUCUGCCUGAUCGUCGGUGGGCUCGGCUUCAUGAAGCAAACAAGUGCAUCUGGCAUGGCACUUGUCGCGCUAUGCUCUUUCUGGGCGUUUGUGUAUGCAAACACGCUCGCUCCUAUCGGCUGGAUUAGUCUGGUCGAAAUAUCUAGCCCCAGUCUUCGGGCUAAGACAACCUCGUUUGCGGUGACUAUCCAGUAUCUCACUGGGAUUCUAUUUAACUACUGCGUGCCACUUAUGCUCUCGAACCAGUAUGCCGGCUGGGGACAGAAAAUUGGAUUAUUUUUCGGCGGUAUCACGCUUUUGUAUCUCAUCCCUUUCAUUCUGCUCUUCCCUGAAACCAAGGGUCGCACCUACCGCGAGCUGGAUGAGUUGCUUGAGCGCAAGAUUCCCGCAUGGCGGUUCGCAUCAACAAAGACCUCGCCUCAGGCGGAGAUGGAAAACGCGGAGGGGAGACGUGAUUAG